AUGUUGAAAGGGAUUGUCACUCUUGUUUCAUUGACGCUGUUAUCCAUCAGUCAUUGCUUCGGAAGCAAGCAAACAUUAAGGGUGAAGCCCUUCGCUUUCUCGGACGAGCUGCAACUGGGUGACAAAAUUGAUGCAUUAUGUAGCGCCAAAUACUCUUCGUCGAAUCUGGCGUUUUCGUGGCUGAAGGACGGAAGACCGAUUAAUUCUGGUUCCGGAGGCAUCCUGGUCGAAAACUCACAUCAUUUCGCGGCUCUCAUCAUCAGUCAUUUACGGGUCGAACACAUAGGAAACUAUACUUGUGAGGUGAGGAGCGCGACCGGUGACCAGGACCGCUACACGGCUGCACUCGUCGCCAGAACACCUCCAGCGUGGUCGACGAAGCCCAAGGACUUUAGAUCUCUGGUCGGGGAUCGCGUGGAAGCUCUGUGCGACGCGACAGGCUACCCUCCGCCGAACGUAACGUGGUUUCGUGAAGGUGCUCUGGUGAAUUUCGGCAAACUGUUGGUUUUCGAGAGAAUCCGAAAAUCAUCAGCAGGUUCAUACUCUUGCCAUGUGUCCAACGGAGUCGGACCGGAUCUCGCCACAGAGUUCACCAUCUCUCUGACAUUCUACGAGCCCGUUUAUGAGCGGUAUGCUGGCGGUGGUGUGAAAUUAUAUCGUCAGAAAUACUUGAAAGUUUCCCGCCAUCUCGAGCUCGUAGACUGUAACGCCAGACAUUCUAGCGAGUUUCGUCCGGAACCCCAUGAAGAACUCAUCGCAUACGAGAUAAAAACGACACUAGUGAAGCGCCAAGCAUCGGUGCCUCAGGUGAAGAACUUCUCCUUCCCCGCUGAAGCUCAGCUCGGUCAACGGAUCGAAGCCCUGUGCAGCGUGAAGUUCAACGUACCAGGAUUAGCUUUCGCGUGGCUCAAGGAUGGGAGUCCGAUAUCGGAGAAUAGCCACGGCAUCGUUCUGACAGAGACUAGAAGCUUUCUUGCGUUUUCAAUCGACGCCUUGAAACCCAGUCACACCGGGAACUACACUUGCGUUGCUCGCAGUCCCUCGGGGCGGGACAGCUUCACGGCACCCUUGGUCGCUUACACAGCUCCGUAUUGGCAUACGGUCCCGGAAGAUACCUACAUCCGGACAGGAAGCACCGUUGAGCUGAAGUGUGAGGCUGAGGGCUAUCCUCCACCCGAAGUAAAAUGGACUUCCAGCGUUUCGAGAGACACGGUCAGAGGGAGCCGACUACUAUUCGAGAGGAUCAGCAAGGACGAAGCGGGGGAAUACACCUGCAGAGCCGAGAAUGGAGUCGGCCAAGCGAUCGAGAAGACCGUCUCGCUUAUGAUUUCAAACUGA